AAUUUAAGGGUGUAUUUGUUUUAAAUUUAUUUAUACUUUCUCCGCUUCAUUUUAAUUGCUCUAGUAGACUAAUUUGUGAGAGUUUUUGGUUAAAGUGGAGCAAAUAUAAUGAGACGAAGUAAUUGAGUCUCAUAACUUUGGUAGGGUUUGAGUCGGGUUCAUUAAGGUAUCGAGUUUCAUUCGGUUUAUGGAUGAUCGGAUGGGGUCUGAUUCAAAUCAAAUCGGAUUGGUUCAUAUUGAAAUGUGUUUUCUGGAUUAGAUCAAGCCAUUGUUUAUAAAGGUAGUAAUAUCGAUGGGAAAUACAAUAUUUUGUUUAGUGACUAACAAUAAAUUAUUAUUCUGCUAUAAGCUAACUAAUAUUUGAGGUCGGACGAUUCGGUCAAUUCCGUUUGGUUAUUUGGGUUCAAGGCAAUUCGGUUCGGUUAAUUGGGUUGAGUUAAUUCGGGUAUCAAUUCAUUCAAGGUCAAGUCAAUUUGAAACCUAUUUUUGUUUCGACUCGUAUCGUUUUCAAGUUUCGGGUUAACUUCGUGUUAUCGUUUUAGCUCAAAAUUGAGAACCCGUCCGGGUUAGUUUUGUCGGGUCUAAUUACUAUUUACGCCCCUGUCAAACCCAAUGAGCUUGGUAAGUCGGUGGGGGCAAGUCUAGGCUUUACUAACCCAACCCUGCGACCACCUCUAUCCGAAUUCGUGGGUUGAAGUUCAAACCAAGACCUCUCCGAAUCUCCGCGAAGUGGAUCGGUCCAAGUCGGGUUGAACCCUUGUCAAACACGGUGCGAUCACCGAUCGGUUAGUCGGUGGGACAAGUCUAGCCGUCUAGGCUCUAUUAACCCCAACCCAAAUGACCACCUCUAUUUGGGGUUAGAUUAUAGACCUUGACCUAUUCAGUCUGAAGCGCCUCUUCUCCCUCUCUUCCCAAACCCUGCCUAAAACCCCUAAUUCACAGUUACCUUCUUCUUCAAUCCUUCAUCAACAGCAGCAAAAGCUUGAAUCAUACAAAAAUGGUGAGUAAAAGACAGAAAGAAGCUAAGAAAAAGUUCAAACAAGAAAACCCUGGAUUGUUUCCAAAGCCUGAACCAACCCCACCAAAAGAUCCCACCAGAAAGAAGAAGAAAAAACCCGAUUUUAAGAAAUCUAAACCAAAUCAUCCCAAAACCCUAAAUGAUUCAAGUAAACCCUCUUUUACCAGAAAACCCUCUUUUACAAAAAAACCCUUGAGGGUUCCUGGGUUGAAGAUUGGUGAUUGCUGCUUCAUUUGCAAAGAUGUUCAUCAUAUUGCCAAAAAUUGUCCCGAAAAAGCUCAGUGGGAAAAGAAUAAGAUUUGUUUAUGUUGCCGACAACGCGGUCAUAGUAUGAAGAACUGCCCCAACAAGGAUGGUGAAUUUGUUGAAGCAGCUGGACAAAAGUUGUGUUACAAUUGUGGUGAAAAUGGGCAUUCUUUGUCUCAAUGCCCUCAGCCAUUGCAAGAUGGUGGAACAAAGUUUGCCCUAUGCUUUAUCUGCAAUGAACGUGGACAUUUGAGUAAGAACUGUCCCAAAAGUACCCAUGGGAUAUAUCCGAAGGGUGGGUGCUGUAAAAUAUGUGGUGGUGUGAAUCAUUUAGCUAGAGAUUGCCCAAACAAAGGAAAUAGUUACGGUUCUGCUAGUAGAGGAGGCAGAGUAUCUAUACUAGAACAGUCGCAGUCAAAAGUUACUAAGCUAUAUAGUGGGGAUGAUCUUGAAGAUGACUUCACGAUAGAGGAACAGGCGAACGCUGCGUCCGGUAUGGCUGUGGACGACGAGUGUAAGCUCAAGUUUCAUGAGCUAAAAGCAAAGAGAUCAUACCGUUUCAUUACCUUUAGGAUUGAUGGACAACAAGUUGUGGUGGAUAAGUAUGGGAGCCCUGAAGAGAGCUAUGAAGAUUUUACCAAUUCCUUGCCUGCUGAUGAGUGUCGUUAUGCCGUUUUCGACUUCGAUUUCACUACUGAUGAGAACUGCCAGAAGAGCAAGAUCUUCUUCAUUGCAUGGUCUCCAGACACAUCAAGGGUUAGAAUGAAGAUGGUGUAUGCAAGUUCAAAGGAUAGGUUCAAGAGAGAACUUGAUGGCAUUCAAGUUGAAUUACAAGCUACAGAUCCUAGUGAGAUGAGCUUCGACAUCAUCAAAUCACGAGCAUUAUAAUAAUUUUUGUUUUCAAUGAAAAAAUACUCUCACUUAAUCUUCUUUUGGAUUUAAUUCAGCAAUUCUAUUUUAUUGCUGUUUUUAUUUGUGGAUCAAACAACAUUUUGUUGCUUAAAAAAGUCCUUUUUUCUUUAGAGAAAAAAAGGGAUGCAAAAAAAUGGUUUUUGUUUAUUUUUUCAGAAUCAAAAAACUAAGUGUAGUGCAGAAGAGAUGUAACAUUGUGCACUCUUUUAAUCAUUUUCAGUAUUAUUGGUUGUUGUUGUUGUGUGCUA